CGCUAGGUUCUUGCGUCCUCAAACCGACUGACAACUCUACUUUUUAUAUACUUUCACGCUGUCCUGGAGAAAUCAAGUUGAUUUUCAAUGACGAAGACAGAGCUCGCUGCGCUUUCAAAGCGCUCAGUCGAUGACUUGAAGACGAGCUUAAAGAAGCUGGGCUGUUCUCCAACAGGCAACAAGGCGCUGCUCAUCAAGCGUCUCUAUUUGACAAACUUGUCGAAAAAGCAGCUGACGUCACUCUCUGAGUUAUGUGGGACAACUGGAACUGAUGACAAAUCUCUUGUCCAGGGAUUAGAGAAAGUCAAUUUUGAGGAUAGAAUUGAAGAAGCCCUCAGUGCAAAAGAGUCGAUCAUGGUUGGUGAUGAAGAAUUUGACUUGCUGGACGAAGCGAUCAUCAAUGAGGGCGAUGAUGAGUUCCGUGGUUCAGAUCACGGGUCUGAUGCGCAGGAGGGAUCGAGCUUCGAUGGUGGUCAGUUUGUGGUGUUAGAUGAUGUCGAGCAGGAUGAAGGUUCUGGAGAGAAUCUGGAGAUAGAUGAAGACGAGGAUGGACCUGAAGAGGUUGGUUUGAGCAUUGCCACAGAUGAGAAUGAGAUCGCUGAGAUCUGGGCCAAUGAAGAGAGGCGCAAAGCUGAAGAGGAAGAAAGGAUCAAGGAGGCCGAGAGGAAGAGGAAGGAAGACGAGCGAAGGAAAGAGGAAGAGGCUGAAAGACUAAAGAAAGAGGCUGAGAGGAAGCGGAGAGAAGAAGAAAAGGAAAAGAAAAGAGAAGAGGAGAAGAGGAAACGUGAAGAGGAACGAAAGAGGGAAGAAAAGAAGAGAGAGGAAGAAAAGAGAAAGAAAGAAGAGGGGAGGAAGAAGGAAAAGGAGGAAGAGCGCAAGAAAGAGGAGAAGAAAAGGGAAGAAGAAAAGAAGAAAAAAGAAGAGGAACGAAAGAAGGAGGAACAGAAACGUGAAGAGGAGCAAAAAAGGAAAGAAGAGGAGAAAAAGAGAGAGGAAGAGAAAAAGAAGGAAGAAAAAAAGGAAGCUGAGAGAAAGAAAGAGGCUGAACGAAAAAAGGAGGCCGAACGCAAGAAAGAGGCUGAACGAAACAAAGAGGCUGAACGAAAGAAAGAGGCUGAACGAAAGAAAGAAGAAGAUAGGAAGAGGGAAGAGGCAAAGAAAAAAGAUGUGAAGAUGAAAGUGGAGAAAGUGAAAAAGGAGGAGGAGAGUGCUAAAGGCAAAGAAACAUCAGGGAAGAAACUGACUUUCUGUUCUGUGUGUAAUAUGUACUGCACAAGUUCUGAGGCAUAUGAUUACCAUGUGAAGGGUCCUAUCCAUCUAGACAGGCUAGAACAGAAGAAGCACCCGGCCCCCAAAGCCUCUGAAUUUUCGAGCAAGAGUGUCAAGAAUGAGAGUAAGGAUAAAAGUCAUCAAGGAUCGCCGAGGACCAAUAUCAUCAAAUGUGAGCUGUGUAACCUUCACUUCCCGAGGUCAGGAUCACUGAAGAAGCACUUGACUGGAGAAGAACACAUCAAGAAUUUAAGGGCCAUAAGUGGCAAAGGUAAAAAGAUCACUGAUAUCUUGAUCAACUUGGACUUGAGGAACCAUCCAGAACCACUCCUGGGUUUGGACCAUCUGGUCGAGCGAGUGAUGGACCUCCAAAACAACCUGUCGAUUGUGUAUGCCUGCAAGCUGUGUGGUAGCCAGAAGAUUAGUGAGCGAGACAUCUUCCCUCACACCAAGGGCCUGAGGCAUCGACUUAACUACUUGGAGAAAUAUUACCCGAGUGACUUCUCAAAGGCGAUGCAGGAGCCUGAAACUGAGGGGCUGAGGGGAGCAUUCGUGAAGGACUGCGCACUGGAAAUCGAGAGAACAAAAGGUCGCGGGAAGGUGACCACUUUACAGUUGGUGAAGGAGAGUGCAGGAGAAAACACGGGGAAGGUCUCGAGUUCUCAUGCCAGCAAGAGUAAGAGUAGCGAUGUGAGUAAGACUAAGAGCAGAGAGGCCAGUAACCAGGGGCCGACCCGGAGAUCUGGUGAUCGGGACAGGCGAGAGCGUAGUGGUGAUCGUGGAAGAGGUGAAAGACCGAUUGUCAUGGAUCGGCGAUCUAGUACUCGGCGCGAGCGUGAUCAUGAUGAGAACACAAAGAGAAGACAGGGGCAAGAUGUUAACAAAGGUGGUGAUGGAAGACAGGGGGGUCGACGUAACACAGCAGAGAGGUCAGAUUACUGGGGUAGUCCGAGACAGGCCCAGGGAGGAUAUCGUGAGGAACGUCUCGCAGGAUUUGAUCAGCUGGAGCGUCAAGUCAGUGGACGCUUCCCGGAUGAAGAUGACUCCUUGAUGUAUCAGGAUGAUUUUGGUGUCAAUCGAGACCGAAGUAGGAAUCGAAACAGUGCAGUGAUGGAGAGAGGCAUGAUGCAUAGUCUAAUGAGCGAUCAUCCGCGGGAUGACUUUCGUGAUAAUUACAACGACGAGGAUAUGGAUAUGGAGUACGCUGAAGAAGUUGAUGAGAUGGACCAAGGAGUCGACAGACGGCUGGUUGUUCCAAGGACUGAUCCAGAGGUUAGAGAUGAGUUCAAACGCACUUGGAUAAGGGAGCGAGAGCAAAUUGUAAAGAAGCAAGCUUUGAUCAUGAAGAUGGGCAUGGCUCUUGGUGGGAAGUCCGCAUUGGGGGUUGGUGACCAAGGAGUUGGAAUGGGUUACCGAGGAGUUGGAAUGGAUAACCAAGGAGUCGGAAUGGGUAACCAGGCAAUGGGAAUGGGUAAUCGAGGAAUGGCAAUGGGUAACCAAGGUAUGAUGCCUGGUAACCUGGGGAUGAUGGGCAUCAAUGCAACAGUCUCGAGUACAACCGAUAUAGAGCGAGGUGUUGUUAUGGGGCGCCAAACAAACCAGGGAAUUGGUGGGAGGAAUCUGAGCCCAGGCAGGAAUCAGGCUCAAGGUAUGGCCAACCAGGGCAGGGGCAAUCAAGGUUACCAGAACAGAGGUCCUGGUAAUCAACAAGGAAGGAACCAAAGCCAGAACAAGAAAAACCCAAAUUUCAACCGAAAUCAAGGUGGCAGCAACCAAGGCAUGAAUCAGCAGAAACAAGCUACUGGUCCAGGCAACAGAUCUGGUAUGAACCAAUAUGGUCAGGGUCGUGCAAGUCCUGGGCAAGCUGCGAUUGGUAUCCAGGACCAAGGUUUGAACCAGGGAGGAAUGGACCACCGUGGGACAAAGCGAGCAUAUGGUGGUGAUGACACACCGAAUCAGUAUGGGAAGAGACCAGCCCAAGUGAAACAAACGCCUGAGUUGAAUCCACCACGCAAUCACCUGAAGAAAACAUGUUUUGAGUGUGGACGAUUUGGGCACCUGGCACGUGAUUGUGAUCAGAGACAAGAAAAGGUAGAAGAGAAACCAGAAGAAGAGGUUGAUCUCAAGAAACAGCUUGCCGGGAUGAUAGAAUCACUGUCCGAGAAAGAUACGAAGCUACUCCUAGAGAUUACGGGGACCGUUGCUAAGAAGCAGAAGGUAGAGCAGGCACGGCACCAGCAGCAACCGCAGGGAAGGCAACAACAACAACAACAACAACAAGGCAGACAACAACAACAACAACAACCGUUUACCAGACAACAAAAGAACGAACAUCAUUAUCUGAAAAGAAAAGAAAUACAGUCUAAACAAGAACAGCUACAGGCUAGACAACAACAACCAAGGAAGCAAGAGUACACACCAAGGUUGAAAGAGGUCGCUUCGGCAAAGCCAAGCUUCAAGAGUUAUUCUACUUCAAUCAAUGAGAGUGCCAUGCGUGCAGCGAGUCAGCUGUCUGGAGCAGGUAUGCAGCAAGCCCAACCAAAGGCAUCCUUCAGCUUGUUGGGUGGCGUAAGUCUUCAAUCUGGCCAGCCGCUUGGCAUGGGAUCACAGUCGUUCGGCCAGUCCUCACAAUCGUAUGAUCAUGGGGCCAGGAACUUUGGCAUGUCAUCUUCCGCGGAUGAUCGUGGGGCCAGGAAUUAUGGCAUGUCAUCUUCCAUAGAUGAUCGUGGGGCCAGGAACUACGGCAUGACGUCUUCCAUAGAUGAUCGUGGGGCCAGGAACUAUGGCAUGACGUCUUCCAUAGAUGAUCGUGGGGCCAGGAACUAUGGCAUGACAUCUUCUGGAGGCGAUCAUGAGGCGAGGAACUACAACAUGUCUUCCUCUGGCAUGUAUACCGGUGGAGGUAGUGGGAUGACUGGCAUGGGAGGUCUCGAAUCAUCAUAUCUCUCUGACCCUCAUCACAAUGUGUCUAGUUAUGGAAGUCAGCCGAGAGGGGGAGCCAAAAGUAGUAUGGGUGGCAACGUGUCUGAUUGGCAGCGAGAUAUGGACAGGUUUUAAUAUGAUCAUGUUGAACACUUUGUAUUGUGAUGGCGUAGAUCAUGAGGUUGAUGACACCUUGAUGUUGGCUUGUUCUUGUAUCCACUGUGAACAUGAACUACAUGGCCUUGGGCAUAAGGAUGAAAGAGGUCAGAAUUGAGGCUGACCACACUGAUGGUUUUGUUUUUUAAUGUUGUAUGCACAUGUGCGUGUCCCUGCACAUGCUUAGUGAUACACGAAAUAAAUCCUAACGCAUCGUUCUCGAGAGCUAUUUUGAUGCAGGUUUUAUAAUCAAAAUCAACUAAUAUUAUCAAGUGAAACAUUUUAAAUUCCAUAUGUAAGAAUUAGUGCUUAGCUUAUUUGAGAAGCAGAGGAGACGCCAUUGUUGCUAAGACUUGUAUUUGAUGUGUUUAGAUGUAUCAUUCAACUGCUCUGCUUGGUGUAAUAUUAAAUGUAAACUGAAUAGAUGGGCAAUUGUGCCAGUGAAUGACUAAAAAUGUCCAAACUAAAUUCCAAUGACUGAUGUCAAAAUAUUUGGAAGUAUGACUUCUAUCGCUUUUAUAUGGGCGAAAUAUUGCAUUUAUUAGUUCUUUUCUGUAUAGAUGAUGUUUGUACAAAUAAAGGUAUCGCAGUGAUUUGUAAAA